AUGGAAAAUUGCGCCUCCACUUGCGUCACGUGGAUAAGAGAACCUGACGAUAAGUAUGGAACUUGGGAAAACAACACUUGGACUGGGAUGUGUGGUAUGUUGUUCAGAGAAGAAGUUGAUAUGAUUCUCAAUCCUCUACUACCAAGCGCUGAAUUUGCUGAAGUGGCCUAUUAUACAAAUCCUAUAACAUAUGAAGCUUUCACAUUUCUUUCUGGGAAGAAAAAACAAGACGGGGGCCUCUUUCUCUAUUUCAGCGUCUUGGAACCAAGUGUGUGGCUUAGCAUGGGAAUGGCUCUGGUAGUGAUUUCCCUGACUUCUGCUUUGCUAUACAGAACGAUAUUUGAUGAAAAAUGGAAUAAGUGGAUUUUCAGCUUGGGCCAAUAUUUUUGGGUUUAUGUAGCGUAUAUGUUACGCCAAAAUCCUCACGAUAAAUGGCUACUUCGCGAAGAAAAAUCUUUUUUGUCGCUUCUGGUUGUGUUACUCAUCACUGUCUGGGUCAUAGGAGUCUCCUUUCUUGUGAUGACGGUUUUUCAGAGUCUCUUGGUCUCAAAGCUCACGAUUAUCAAAAGUAUUCCUAUCAUUGAUUCGAUGCAAGAUUUUGUGAGCAAAUCGGAAGUAGAAGGUGCGGUGCCAAUAGAAAUUGAACUGCAAGAAGUUCUAAAAGAUUCAGGUAUUCCUCUGUACGACAUGGCGUGGGAAAAAAUGGAGAAGACAUUGUCUAUUUCCGAAGAAGUAUUCUCAGAUCUCUCUUUCCAUAAAGUGGAAAUGGGGGAAACUUGCAUAGCUCAUGGUCAAGUGUAUCUCAAAAGUGUUCUUAAUGAUUACUUUAAGAUGCAUGGGAGGUGUGAUUUUCAUCUCUCUAAUAACUACUUCUUUCCUUUUCCUUUACUAAAUGCGUUGCGAAAAAAUCUUCCAAGGAAGUUCCAAAAGAAAUUUAACAGUGGAUUAUCGCAACUCAUUGCGAGCGAUAUCAGUGGAAAAUGGCUGAAGACUGUCUUUGAGGGAUCCCGAUUAUGCACGAGCUAUUCGGAGAACACCCUCAAACCCCUUCAGCUCAAGAACAUCUUCGGGGUGUUGCUGAUAUGGGGAGUAGGGACGUCACUAUCUAUUUGUUGUUUCAUCGUUGAAAUUUUUCUCGUCAAACAGAAUACCCAGAACUCUCAUGCUUAGAGUGAUUGGAGUGCAACAGACUGAAGAAUCUACUAAGUUACAAUAGUUUUAUGAAAACUUAAACAACGAAAAUUUAUAUAAUGAAGUGACAAAAGCCAUGGCAUACUUCCUAAUAACAUGUUCUAACUUGUUUUCUCCGGCUAAGUGCUGCAAUUCGAAGAGGCAUGAUGCAACAAAUCGUCUAAUGUUGGCUACAGAAUUAUUGAGCCAUUCUGCCUCCAUAAAAAGUCCAUAAUUGCGAAAAUAUUGCCAAUGCACGAACUGACCUCUCGGUUUUGUCCCAUAAAUGUUCUCUGGUGAUCUAAUUGGCUAAAUAAUUCCCUGGAAUUGUCCAGAAUGUUCUUCAAAACUGCAGUUUGCGCCACUGACUUGCAUAGCAUCUUGUUGACAACUUGGGUGCACGGUCACACUCGAACCCUGCCAUCAGCUCUUACAAAAUGAAAUCUUGACUUAUCGACCUAGCCACAGUUUUCGAGUUUCAUGCCGUCACGCGAUAUGGUCAUGUAUGAUUCACCCCAGAAGAAGCUCUGCAGGCGAUGUUAUGCUAUUCGUAAAGGUGUUUGGAUCUGUCGUCUGUUGCCAUAGCCCAUUGAAGCCAUAUUUUGUCACGCUGUCCCAACGGACACGUCCAUCAUAUAUCCAUAUCUAUGUCCUAACGGACAGUCCGUCAUAUGUAAUCACUUUGAAGCCUCCGGUUAUUUCAUGUAUUGUUGUUUGUCUGUUAACACUGACAAUUAUACGACACGUCGUUGGUCUUGGUCUUUAAGUACAGGCGGCCGACCACUGCGUUGCACAUGGUGGGAGAUUAUGCCUGAAAUUAGGUAUUCUCGGUGCACUCUUGACACUGUGAAUCUCAGAAUACUGAAUUCCUUAACGAUUUCUAAACUGGAAUGCCCCAUUUGUCAAACUCCAAAUAACAUUCCGGGUUCAAAGUGUAUUUAUUCCCGUCGUUUGACUAUAAUCCCAUUAGAAACCUUUUCAUAUGAAUCACUUAAAUACAAAUGAAAGGCCUAUCAAUGCAUUGCCCCUUUAUGAAUUUUGAACAUGAUACUAUUGUUAUCUGUAUAUCUGCAUACUGCUAUCCCAUGAAUUUUAUCACCUCAGUGCAUAAUAUAAUUUCAUGAAUUAAAGCAAAUUAAUAUGUAUAUAUUUAUAUGAUUGCAAGAUAUUUCUUGGAUGCUCUA